AUGGCGCACAAGGUGCACCGAACAUUUCACGACCGGGAUCUAGACGUUCAUCAACCCAAAGCCGAUGUCCGAGAAACCUUGAAAAACUUCUACCUCGAGGUCGAAUUACCCGGAGUCCGAGACAAAUCAGAACUUCACUUGCGUUGGACUUCUAUGAGGACGCUGCUGAUCACGAGCAAAACUGCCAGACCAGAGAUCCCAGAAGAAGAACUCGCGGAUGUACCUGUGGUCAACCCGGCGAGGACUCCAGGUGCCGAUGUCAAAUCCGAAGUACCGGAAGCCAACCACAACGAGGAACCCAAAGUGUCGACAGACGUGUCACGAAAAUCCUCAAGCAGCAACGGAAGUACCACCAAGACGACCAAGAAAGAGCCGCAUUUGACCGUCCACGAACGCUUGGUAGGAGAAGUGCUUCGCGCAUUUAACUUCCCGGUUGAUGUUGAUCGUGAUAAUACCCAUGCCAAACUGGAUGCAGGUCUUCUCAGAGUUAUUAUUCCAAAGGUUGAACACGAGCAAGUUGAACAUGUUCAUGUGCCAGUCCACCAUGAUGAGUCACCGGUCCAAGUUGCCACUUGA